CCCCCGUCACCGCGCACUCCCCCACUCCCCCCGCUCACUCUCUCUUUUGCCCACUUGCUUUGCUUUGCUUUGUUGUGCCCGCAUUGUUGGUUUGCUGGUUUGCUAGCUGGGACUCCCCCCGCGUCGGAUUCUGCUUCCCCCAACCUCACCGGAACUGACUGACUGACUGUCCCCAUUCAUUCUAUUAUGUCAGAUCCACCGAUCUAUUGAUCCAUUGAUCGAUUCCCUCUGGUCUAGAAGAAGAACAACAGCUUGUCAGCUCUACAAGGUUGCAUAUCUCGGAUGUAUGGAUCGGUUGUUGCAGCAGUAGUAGUAGCAGCAAAUGGGCUGGCUGGACUUCGCCGGAGUUUCUUCUUCCCCCUUGCGGAGCUAGCUAGAUGGCAGCAGCUCUUUGCAGGUGUGAAUGAAUGAAUCACAGGAGGACCCGGUGAUGCUGCUGCUGGGUGGGUAGAUUCUGAAUGCGUGGGUUUGAAAGUAGGCGUUUCGCUAGUCGGCAGCUAGUAGUUGUGUGUUUACGGUGUACAUUCUGUCAGCGGGGUCCUAUGUUCACGUCCUCCCCUGGGAGGAGGAGGUGGUCAAUGAGUUGGCGACCGGUGUUGCUUGAAGACAGUCGGAGGCGAAGUGCCCCCCACCCCCUUCCAUCUGUAUUCGUGAUUGAAUCUGGAGAAGGUUUUUGAGGUGGGUUUAGAAGUAGAUUGUGAGGUCGGUCUGGUGAGAUUGGUUACAUCCGACUUGAAUGCGUAGCUUGGAGUGUGGUACAGAUCGAAGAGUGGUGAUGAGACAAGGGACUUCAUCUGGGACGAUCCUCGACCAGUUUGUGAUCAGUCCGUUCUAGUUUCAUUUCCUUCGUUUCCUUCUUCUCCUUCGUCUUCUUCUUCUUCUUCUUCAUCCUGGGUUUCUGUUGUGAUUUUCAUACCAGUUCCUGUGGAGUUGGAGGGACAAUCAAUGUGAAACAAACUACGACACGGGCUCCCUUCAAUGUGUCUCUCCAUGCUUGGUUUAAUUGUUGUCGCUCCGCUGGGCGGAGACGAGGUUUUUAGUAGGAUGAUACCCCCGGUGAUGCCGAAUUCUGUUGCGAGCUCAAGGCAAACUCUGCCAAGUUCGUGUAGGUUUUUGAGUCUUUCGUUUCCCUCCAGCACAAACGUGUCCCCGAAUUGCACUUGACCCGGGGUUGUGUCCCGUUCUGCUGUCGCUUCGCUUGAUGGAAUGCGGAGUGAGAAAGAUCCUCACUUCCAACGUUGGAUACAACCAUUCGAACUCCUUUGUUGUUGCCGCGUUGUGACUUGAAUCACGGGGGGUUUUUUUGCUUUUCUUUUCUUUUUCUCUUUUUUACUGAACUAGGUUUGUGCGUCAUGGGUUUCCGUUCCGUUAUUGUCGUUUAGAGAAGUUUUUCCACAGCCGCAUGGCUCGGGUUUACGUUUGCGUAGGUGUGAGGGUUUGAAAUGGCAGCUGGGACCAUCUCAUGAACGUGGGGUUGCGAAUUUCGAGCGGUUUUUCACGACAAGAGCGCGAAGUCUAAGCUUAGAUAUCAUGAAGAAGUAUGCGAGGCUACGGCAGGAUUGCUCGGAGUUUGACAACGUUUUAUACAAUGCGAGUCCUGAGAAAUACUCUUUCGACGAUGGUGUUGCGCAUUCUCAAUCGACGUUAUCACAGGGAUCCGCUUCGCCUGUGCGAGACUCUCCACCGGGAGGACUUGCGGUGCGGCCCGCACAGCCUGCGAGAUUGACCACCGUUGACCCACCAUUCCACAGCGACCUGAACGAAGCUUUGAAGAAACUUGCCUCGUCUCGAGAAAACGGGUCGCAGAGACUCGGCGAGCAAUGGCAAGUCAGCACUGCCAAUGGCGGAAACCGCUCGCGAUCACAGAGUGGGAGGUGGCCCGGCGACUUGCAAGACGGCGGCUGGGAUUCCCAAGUCCUCGCAGGAAGUGGGCGGUGGGGAACAGCAGAGACGGCAUCCUUGAGUGGGCGCUGGGGCUCGGUGAGCACUAACGAUCACUGGGACGGAACCCAACAAGGGAUUAACUCCUUCCGCGACUCACUCUCCCUGUCUCGAUCCGGAAGAUUGGUGCAAGAGGGAGAACCGUGGACAGCUGCGACCACGCAGCAGCAGCCUGCGAACUCACAGCCCAUCCAGAAAAAACCUUCGCUGCAAAGUGCUCCAAGUCAAGGUAGGACAAACGAAGUCACGGAGCAUGAAGCGACAAGGGCUUGUGAAACAGCCUACCCUUACCCUGGAAAUGGGUAUGAUCAACAACACCAUACCCCUCCUCCAGUGCAGCGAAACAUCUCCAUGCGCGAGACGCAGGGGUGGCUGGCAUCCGUGAAACGCCCUUUGCAAACACGAAAACAGAACGCGUGGGAGGAUCCCAACGAGUUCAAUUGGAGAGCUGCAGCGGCGACGACGAAUUCCUCCUCAGGGAGACGACGACAAACGGCGACCGUGUCUCAGUCGAUGCGAUACGAUCGGCUGAAGCCAUCCGACCUCUUUGCCAACUCAGGUGCUGGCUCCAGAUUCGACGACGAGGGAUACCACCACAACAAAUCCAUCAUGCAGAAAGCGGCGUCCAUGCGAGAAGGGGGAGCCCACUCGGACGCCAUCAUGGCCAUGGCCAGGGCGUACAGUGAGAAACAUGGAGUGCAACAAGCAAUUCUCGAGUGCGUGUCUUGUCGGCGCAGCCUCGGAGUGGUUGUGCAAGGCAAUCCGGGUAACGACACCUCCUACUGCCAAUCGUGCCGCCCGCACGCCAUCGGCGGGUGGACCUACAACAUGGCUAGCAAACCGGACAGCAGCAAGUCGAAGCGCAAAGGGAUGAUGAAUUUUUGCCGCAAGAUUCUGCGCAUGGGGAAGAAACCCAACAAACUGAAGGGAUAAAAAACACGUCGAUGAGCUUAUCCUUUAGAGCGUAGCACAGAUCGUGUGAGCCAAAGCUGAGGGAUAUCGAUAUCAUAGCUUCACAGCGACAGCUCUUCGCAUAGUCAUGUAGGUGGUACAAUUACGUAGCUGAUCGCAUCUUUGUUAUUCAUCAAUCUUUGAACUCAUCUGCAUCUCUUCGAUGUGAGAACUUGCCUGAGGUUUCCCAAUUUUUGCUAAUGGAAAUUACGUGACAUUCGUCGACA